UCCGUCUGCAGUCGGUUCCAGCCGCUCUUCUCUCUCUCAUCCCAGCGCUCCAACUGCGCUCCGAGCGGCCGAGACGUGCGUCACGAGACCGCCGACAUUCCCCAGUAAAGCUUCAAUGUGGACUAGUCUGCCUCGGAGUUACGGCUCGGUCGGCUGGAAAUGAACUCUGACGACGACACGCGUCCAUCUCAUAGGAUUCCCAGUGAGAGUUGGCGUUUCUCCUCAUUUUCCAUCCACAGGAGAAGUUUGACGGGAGCUGGCUGAGAAGAGACUGCACCUACCAGCACCUCCGAUUGGCUCUUUAAUCCUCUCGCCUCUCACCUGGAAGGACGCUGAGGGUUGCAUGCCUCAGUGCCAAGAAAUUGCAGUCGCUGGAAGAUCUUUGCUAAGAAAACGCAAGGACAUACUCUAUCUGGAGGAUGGAGGACAGAACUGAAGAAGAUUGCGGGCAGGAGGACAGACCCGCUGAUGGCACAAACAGUGGACGCCGCUCCUCUCGGUGCACCAGUCUGAAGAUGUUUCUGGUAGCUUUGUCCUUUGCCUAUUUUGCAAAGGCUCUGUCGGGGAGCUACAUGAAGAGCACAAUAACUCAGCUGGAGAGACGUUUUGACAUACCCAGUUACUUAAUAGGUGUCAUUGACGGGAGCUUCGAAAUAGGUAACCUGUUGGUGAUAGCUUUUGUCAGCUACUUUGGUGCCAAGCUCCACAGGCCAAAGAUCAUUGCAAUGGGUUGUGUAUUGAUGUCUAUUGGGACCUUCAUCAUUGCUCUGCCUCACUUCAUCAUUGGUCGCUAUGAAUUUGAGACAUCGGUGCGUUGGGUAGCGAACUCAACACUUAACCCGUCUCCAUGUCAGGCAGGGUCACCAGCAGACCUGACGGAAGACGGUAAACCUCAAGUGCCAUCCACAGACUGUGAAGCCGAGUCCAACCUGUCUAUGUGGAUAUACGUGCUCCUGGGAAAUGUCUUGCGGGGGAUUGGGGAGACGCCUGUUCAACCCCUAGGAAUCUCAUACAUUGACGAUUUUGCGACUGAGGAAAAUGCUGCACUGUAUGUCGGCUGUGUGCAGACCAUCUCUGUGGUUGGACCUGUGUUUGGAUAUCUGCUCGGCUCUCUUUGUGCCAAGAUUUAUGUUGACAUCGGAUUUGUGAAGAUGGAAACAAUCACUAUAACCCCAGCAGAUGCCCGCUGGGUGGGGGCCUGGUGGCUGGGUUACCUUAUAGCUGGAGUCAUCACCCUGCUCUCCGCCAUCCCAUUCUGGUUCCUGCCCCGCUCUCUACCCACAUCUGAGUCCGGGGAUGGAGAGAAGGGGACUCAGGAGAAGAAAAGUUUCAUCGAUGCCUCCCCCCAUCUGAAGCACAAGUAUACAGCAGAUGAACCUGACAGCUUUAUAGAGAUGGCCAAAGACUUUAUUCCGACUUUGCGAACUCUGCUGGCGCACCAUGUGUAUCUGAUCUACUUGUGUGUGACAGUCAUCCAGCUGAACUCUCUCAUUGGCAUGGUCACUUACAAGCCCAAGUACAUUGAGCAGCACUUCAGGCAGUCUGCUUCAAAGGCCAACUUUCUGAUGGGUGUAAUUAAUAUCCCUGCAGUGGCACUGGGGAUGUUUUCUGGUGGUCUGCUGAUGAAAAGGAUGAAACUGAACCUCAUGGGAGCGGCCAGGUUUGCCUUUGGCACUUCUCUGAUUGGUUACAUCCUUUCACUGUUCUUCUUUGCAAUGAGCUGCGAGAACGCCAAGGUUGCCGGGGUAACGCUUCCGUACGAAAGCUUAGAUAACAUAUCUUAUGACAAACACUCCAUGUUUGCAGCCUGCAACACAGACUGUUUGUGUUCAUCAAGUGAUUGGGACCCAGUUUGUGGGCAGAACGGCAUCACAUACGUUUCUCCCUGUCUUGCUGGCUGCACCAUCUCCACGGGCUCUGGGAAGAACACAAUCUUCUCUAACUGUAGCUGUGUUGGUGCUGCUGGAAACUUCACGGCCGGCAUGGGCCAGUGCCCUGAACAGGACGACUGCAACAUGAUGUUCCCAUACUUCUUGGCUCUCUCUGUCAUCACUUCCUUUAUCAUCUCUCUUGGGGGAACUCCAGGCUACAUGCUUCUCAUCAGGUGCAUCAAACCACAGCUGAAAUCUUUGGCUCUAGGUUUCCAUGCUUUGGCGACACGUACACUCGCGGGAAUCCCAGCACCCAUCUACUUUGGAGCAAUUAUUGACACCACCUGUCUCAAAUGGGGUCAGAAGAGAUGCGGAGGCAUAGGAGCAUGCAGGAUCUACAACACCACUGCCUACAGGAUAGCAUACCUGGGCCUGACUCUGAGCCUGCGGACUAUCUCAUUUGUCAUUUGCAUCCCGGGCUUCAUCCUGCUCAGUCGGCAGCUGAAGAGGGAGGAAAGAAUUGCUGCACACGGAGCUCUGACAAAUGGGGGAACUGAACUGGAGGCACUCAGGAAGGAAGAGUUUGUGGUUUUGAAUUCUGAACAACCACUACACACAUCAGACACCAGCACAGACAGGCACACCCGGCUGUGACAGAGCCUGCAGGACUGACUCUUCUCAUCUCUCUCAUCACCCAAAGUAUAUACAGAGUGAUGCCGUGCACAUACAUACCCACAAAUGAGAUUUGCAGGGAAUCACAUGUUGUGUCCAAUCAUCUCAUAUAAAGCAUAAAAUCUAUAUUUGUACUACUGAGCGUGUUGACGCGUUGUGAAUAUGACAAACAUUUGAUAUACCUGAUAUAUUUCUUGAAUGUAUAUGCUGUUGUGGUUUGGUAUUUUUUCUGUUAAGAAAAGAAGAUAUUUUUCACUUUUAGUCCUGGCACAGAGAUUAGACAGGAUGUGUGACCAAAAAACAGAACAACUACUGUAUGAACACCAGCAUUUAUUAAGCUGCCUCUGUCACAUUGUUCUUUCAAAUGGAGGUUUUUCUUCCUGUGAACAGACAAGGAGAAGUGGCCUUACAAACCAGAGGCACAACGUAAAAGCACGAGGAAAGCCAGGCUUUCGAAAAAAUUAUAUUUCAAGACAAGUUGAUCUGCAAAUACAUGCUCGGGCAAGGACUUCAGUAAAAUCAAGAGGACUUGGUGGUUGUAGAUGUGACGUACAGUAUGCAGUAUGUGCCUCAUUCAUUCAGCAGUUACCUCCAACUUUGUGCCAUCAGUCCUGCUGACAGAAGAGUGGUUUUCAACAUUUUAAUACUAUUACAUUCUACUUUGAAAACUUCGAGCUCUAAGUCUCAUAGUCAUGUGGAAAUAUGUGUAAUUUCUGACUGACUAAAACGUUUUUGCUCUGACUUAAAGCUAAAAGUUUGGUCUGAUAGUAUUGCGGUUUGUGUUGUGUGUUUCUGGAUGUGAACUUUGGUAUUCAUAAUCACUACAAAUGAAAGUUGUAUUUUAGUGUUAUCUGCUUGUAUAGUGGAGGUUGUCCUGAUUUCAAUCUUCAAAAUGUCCACAAGGAGGCAACGCUAUUUUAUUAGUUAACAAAUAGUGGUCCCAGUUAACUUUUUAUUUAUUUUUAAUUUUUAAUUUUAUUUUAUGAUUGUGCUGCAUUUUCUUGAGAGAACAUUUUCCACACUCAUCUUAUUUAAAUGCUGAUCUUAAUUAUUCAGAAGUGGGUCUCAGCAGGCUCUGGUGUUAAAUAAUCAUUGAUUGUGCCUUGGAAGAGGCAGCGUUUGUACUGUUGCAUAUUGAUUAAUAGUAUACUAUAUGUUGUUUGACUAUUUUGGGAGGGUGGCGGGCACUGUGUGUGUGAAGUUUUACCACUGGAAGCAUUCAUAUGUUGCUGAUUUGUGAGUAAGUCUGUAAUUUUUGCUUCCAGAUCCUCAGCCGUUGUUACGUUUGCUUCAACGCUCAGUUGAUUGUGUAGUUUUGUGUGUGAAAGAGGUCAGCUGUGCCAAAAUCCAGAAAAAGUGUUGUCUUUUCAUGGGUUUUUCUUGUCUUAUUUUUAUAUGGAGAAAUUAAUCCUAAAAUUAGUGUGCCCGUUUGUGAAAUCAAUGAUUCCUAAAAAGUAAGUCAAGCAAAUAGUAACUAUAGAAAAAAAAAGGUCCUGAAUGUAAUAUAGGAAUUGUCCAACUUAUUCAAAGUUUCUGUGUGAUCUGGAAGAAAAAAAAAACAAAAAAAAAUGUUUUGACUUAUUCUCUAGUAUUUAUUGAGAUAAAUACUGUAAGGUCCUGCUUUAAUUUUGUUGCUUAAUCAUUAAGAAACAGGUCAGAAACACUGUCAUGGUCAAGGACAUACUGUAUAUGUCUGACAAUCUAAUACAUCCUGAAUUAAACCACAAGGCAUCAAGCCCUUCAUCCUUCAUUAUCACUAUAUAAAGUGAACCUGUUACAUGAAAACGUUUUCAGGAAAAAAAAAGAAAAAGUGUCAAAUCAUUGGAUUUAAUACGUUGAGAAACAACUAAGGUGCAUUUUUCCCAUCUGCAAGCCAAACUUAUUGGAAAUUAACAAUUAUAAUACUACUUAAAAUCCACAUAGAUUGUGAGGAUUUGAGUAUUUUUCUGAGAAGGAAUCAUGUUUGUAUCAGUUCAGCCCAUGACUGAGUUGAGAUGCAGUUUGUCUGCACUUUUACCUGUGCAAUUUAAAGGGAUGGUACAUCAUUCUAUGAUAUUUCCAACCCAGUGUGCUUCUGUUACAUUUAAGAAAUAAUCCUCACCAUCUGCUAGCACCGCAUCUUAUGAGUAUACAGUACAAUAAAAAAAAAAAAAGAAAAUAUAACUCAGUCCUCAUACACAGAACCUGAAACAUGAAAAGGGGGGUGGCGCAGCUGGAAGGUCCUGGGUUCAAUUGUCGCCAGAGACGCUGUGGGUGCUGAGGGCGUUUUAAGUUCCCCCAUGACUUCAGCACCCACACCCUGGGUGGAGUUGGAGAAAGGGCUUUUCAGUGUUGAGUUUGCAGGACUGGACGAAAAAAAAUCGGGAUAAAAAUAUUUCCCCCCAAAAGAACAACCUGAACAAGCCAUAACAAACAUCACUCCACACAAGGUGCAUUUCCACUACGAGGAGCUCAGGGUAAAUCUGCCAGAAAGGAACCAUUUACAGGGCCGACCUUCUCCUCAGCCCCUUCAGCUGGCAGGUCUCUUAUGCAGUAAGCAGAAGAAUAAAGAAGAGAAACACAUAAACAACAGAUGCUACUUGUGUUUUUUUUUUUUUUUUUUUUAAACAUACACUGCAGUCGUAGCGAUUGAGAUUAAACAAACCUCCCCCCACCCGGACCUGUAUUUGGUAUAAUAUGGCAACAGGACUUGAACCAACUCGUCGCUCCAUCCAACAUGGAACAAAUG